CUGGUUACAGGCCACGGGGUUGAGGAGAGAGGAGACAGAAGUGGUGGGGGCAGUGGCAGCCUCCUGGGCUUUGCCUGCCCCCACCCCUCUGCCUUCUGUCACCCCUCCCUUCUGUCACCCUCACUGUCAUGGGCAGUGCUUACCACUGGGAGGCCCGUCGGCGGCAGAUGGCUUUGGACCGGAAGAGGUGGCUGAUAGCCCAGCAGCAGCAAGAGCAGGAACUGAAGAAACUCCAAGAAGAGGAACGUCAAUGUGAGAAGAAAACCCAGCCACCUCAGGAGACCCGGCAGGAGUCGCAGCCACCCCUGGCGCAAUCACAGUUGCCACCUAUGCCACAGCCACCGCAGGUGCCCCAGCAGCCACCACAGCCAAAGCAGCAAAACGCCCAAGAACGUCUUACUCAGGGCACCUCCCAGUACAUCCUCCAGGAUUCCCAGAGGCCAGGUCCCCACAAGGACACAUACCAAGGAGAGGUGACCAACCCUCAUGGUCCUGGUUAUAAGAAAUGUAGCCCAGAUAUGCAAACCAAGUACUCACGAUUCACGGUGCCAAGGACAGGAGAACCCGAUCAUAGUCCUUUAAGAUGAGGACUGGGCUGUUCACUACAUUUCACUUUGAUUCCUUGGCUUCAAAGGGCUUACUUAAUACAGUAAGCAAACCCAGUGGGCCUGGGAACUGCUGACCUGUUUUUGCCUCCUGUCUCUCCUCCUUCUCAGUCAACGAAUUACAUCCAGCAGUGGUGAUUCAGAAAUAGACCCCAAGAUCCCACUGGCCAUCAGCAAAAAAUCAGAUAAGCAACCUGAUCUUCUUGCCACCCAGCAACACCUCCACUUCAAAAGCCAGUCCCUCCUGAUCCACUCUGGCAGAGGAGCUGAGCCAGGAAUAAAAUGUGAUUUCUUCCUGGAAAGAAUCGAAGAGACUGGUCAGGCUCUGUGAGAUUGGGAUGAGGAGGAGGGGUAGGAAGAGGAUGGAGGGAGUGUGGGAAGAAAGUGGAAGGUAAGUCCUUGCUUCUCCAGGUAAAGCCUAUGGGAGAACUUGGCUUUGCACCCCUCAAGUCUACAGCUCCACUAUUGGCCCUUAUUUAGGAAUGAUAGGCCUGUCGGGAGCUCAGGUUCAUGACUCUCAUUGGAGCCAUCAGCCCGGCUCCCUGGAGGAUGCUUACUGAGAUACAGCUGGGGGAGGAGGGGUUGUAUCACACCAGAGCAGACCUGGGGCAGCGACGGGAAGAAGUGGCAGACAGGGACCCCCUGCCCCAAGUCCAGCAUCAGUCUGGUCCACUGUGGGCAUGCUGCUGUUGAUGAUGAGAGGCAGGGACGGAAAUAAAGAACUCAGAGGAAAGGGGGAAAGUAGUCUCAGGCACAGGACACCUGACCUUAGGAAGAGGGGGACUGCCCCACCCCCCAAAUCCAUAGGCUUCUUCCUCCCUGGGUCUCAGUCUUUCCGUGUAGCAGAGACAGCUAAGAGGCUCUAAAGCCCCCAGAUAUCCCCCU